UUGGCAACUGGGGGCCACCACUCAUUUAGUUGGCGAAAUAUUCUCGGGCGAGAAGCCAUUUUAUUUUUGAUUUUUUGAAGCGAAACAAAAAUUCCCCCCCGAAAACACACACAAACAUUGAAUUCCCCCUCCUAAAUUAGCCACAAUAUUGCCUACAUUGCGAAACGAAAUUUUUACACUCAACUCCGUAAACAAAUUAGAAUUUUAAGUAAGACAUUGGAUUAAGAAGAAGAAGAAGAAUUACAGUUUUACGAGAGCGCGUAACUGAAGAGAGAACAACAAAAUGCCAGUUUUUCACACGAAAACUAUAGAAAGCAUUUUAGAUCCUGUUGCCCAGCAGGUAUCUCGCCUGGUCAUUCUUCACGAAGAAGCCGAAGAUGGCAAUGCCAUGCCCGAUCUUAGCCGUCCCGUCCAGGUGGUAUCGGCUGCCGUCACCAAUCUGGUCAAAGUGGGUCGCGACACCAUCAACAGUUCCGAUGACAAUAUCCUGCGUCAAGAUAUGCCAGCCGCAUUGAAUCGCGUCGAGACUGCCUCGCAGUUACUCGAAGAAGCUUCCGAUAUGUUGCGGGCCGAUCCAUAUUCAGGGCCGGCACGCAAAAAACUAAUUGAGGGAAGCCGCGGUAUACUGCAAGGCACCUCGUCGCUAUUGCUCUGCUUCGACGAGUCGGAGGUGCGUAAAAUCAUCCAGGAGUGCAAGCGGGUGCUAGACUAUUUGGCCGUGGCCGAGGUCAUUAAUACAAUGGAAGAUUUGGUGCAAUUCCUCAAGGAUUUAUCGCCCUGCCUGAGCAAAGUGUCGCGUGAGGUGAGUGCCCGUGAAAAGGAGCUGACCCAUCAGGUGCAUAGUGAGAUUUUGGUGCGUUGCCUGGAACAAGUCAAGAUAUUGGCGCCCAUUCUGAUAUGCAGCAUGAAGGUGUACAUUCACAUUGUCGAGCAGCAGGGCAAGGGGGUGGAAGAGGCGGCCGAGAAUCGUAACUAUUUGGCCUCAAGGAUGAGUGAUGAAAUCCAGGAAAUCAUACGGGUGCUACAAUUGACCACCUACGAUGAGGAUACCAGUGAGCUGGAUAAUCUUACGGUCCUCAAGAAGUUGAGCAAUGCGGUCAAUACCAAGGCGGAGUUGGCAAAUGAUUGGCUGAACAACCCCUAUGCCCUGAAGGGGGGCGUGGGAGAAAAAGCUCUGCGACAAAUAAUCGAUAAUGCCAAUGAAAUAUCCGAACGUUGCUUGCCCCAAGAUUCCUAUCCCAUUCGCCGGACAGCCGAUGAAAUUGCAGCCAUGACCAAUAGCCUGUGUGAACUGCGCCAGGAGGGUAAGGGCACUUCACCCCAGGCUGAAUCGCUGGCCCGUAGCAUUCGUGAAAAAUUGGGAGAAUUGCAAUCGCAAAUACAAAAUGCCGUAGUGGGUGUGGACAAGGCCGGAGUACAGCAGACAGCCCACACAAUUCAGGGUCGUUUGGAGCAGGCCGUCAAAUGGUUGCAACACCCCGAAAUCAAUGAUGGCGGCUUGGGUGAGCGUGCUGUCAAUUUAAUAGUCGAAGAGGGCCGUAAGGUUGCCGAGGGCUGUCCAGGCCAUCAAAAGGCCGAAAUUAUGCAGCUCUGUGAUGAGGUGGAACGUCUGAAGCGACAGGCAGCCGGCAAUAGCCCCGCUGCCAAGGAGGCAGCCAAGAAAUUGACCCACAAGCUGCACGAACUCAAGGCCGCUGUCCAAAAUGCCUUGGUCAAUCGCAUUGUCCAGGACUUUAUGGAUGUGAGCACGCCGCUGAAACAAUUCACCGAGGCGGUAAUGCUGCCGGAAGGCACCCCUGGUCGGGAACAAAAUUUCAAUCAGAAAUCCAACAACCUUCAGGCCUUUUCAGAUCGUGCCUCCAAAACUUCACGUAUGGUGGCGGCCGGUGGCGCCUGUGGCAACAAGAAAAUUGCCGAAAUUUUGCUCUCCUCCGCUACCCAGGUGGAUUCGCUAACACCCCAACUCGUUAAUGCCGGCCGCAUUCGCAUGAACUAUCCCACCAGCAAGGCAGCCGAUGAACAUUUGCAAAAUCUCAAACAACAAUAUGCCGAUACCGUGCUGCGCAUGCGUACCGUCUGCGAUCAGGCCACUGAUCCGGCGGAUUUCAUUAAAACCUCCGAGGAACAUAUGCAAAUGUAUGCCAAGCUCUGUGAGGAUGCCAUACAUGGCAAGCAGCCACAGAAAAUGGUCGAUAACACUUCCAACAUUGCCCGUCUGAUAAAUCGUGUGCUGCUGGUGGCCAAACAGGAGGCCGAUAAUUCGGAAGAUCCGCAAUAUACAGCAACUUUGAAUGCGGCCGCAAAUCGUUUGGAAAGUUCCCUGCCUGCCAUGGUGUUGGAUGCCAAGCGCGUGGCCACCAACAUAAAUGAUCCGGCUGCUGCCCAUGCCUGGAAGGCGUCAUUCCAAAGGUUACUGGGUGAUGUCAAGGAUGUACGCAAUGCCAUUGCUCCAACCCAACCACCACCAUUGCCCGAGGUGCCACCACCACCAAUUCCAGAAUUCAGUGCCAUGCAUUUGUCCAAUCAAAAUGCUGAACGUGCUCCACCCCGUCCACCACUACCACGUGAAGGUUUGGCCCCACAACGUCCACCACCACCAGAAACCGAUGAUGAAGAUGAGGGUGUCUUCCGUACAAUGCCACAUGCUAAUCAACCUAUUUUGAUUGCUGCCCGUGGCCUUCACCAAGAAGUCCGUCAAUGGUCAUCGAAGGACAACGAAAUUAUUGCCGCUGCCAAGAGAAUGGCCAUCCUUAUGGCCCGUCUUUCUGAUCUAGUACAAUCCGAUUCGCGUGGCAGCAAACGUGAGCUGAUUGCCACCGCUAAACAAAUUGCCGAAGCUUCCGAGGAUGUUACACGCUUGGCCAAGGAAUUGGCCCGACAAUGUACCGAUCGUCGUAUACGCACAAAUCUGUUGCAAGUUUGUGAACGUAUACCCACAAUUGGUACACAAUUGAAAAUCUUGUCCACCGUUAAGGCCACAAUGUUGGGUGCCCAGGGAUCAGAUGAAGAUCGUGAGGCUACCGAAAUGUUGGUUGGCAAUGCCCAAAAUCUUAUGCAAAGUGUCAAAGAAACUGUCCGCGCUGCUGAGGGUGCUAGCAUUAAGAUUCGUUCCGAUCACACCAAUCGCCUACAAUGGGUGCGUCGCCAGCCUUGGUAUCAAUACUAAACAAAACAUGAAUGUGGAAAAUCGUAUAAAUUUGUAUAGGUUUCUAUUUUUUUUACAAUUUUAUCAUUUGUUUCUACUUAAAAAGCAACAACAAGAACAAAAACAAACAAAACCUCUAACAUAAGUGCCUUAAAAGUUUAACACACACACAGAAAUGCAAUUGAUAUUUAUUUAGUUAUUUGUGCUUAUUGUUGGUCCCAAAACCACCAUAUUGUCAUCGUUGUUAUUAGUUUUCUUUUUUUUCGCCUUCAAUUCUUUAUUAAUUUUAAGCUUUUUACAACGAAUACAAAAAAUAAAGUGCCCAAACGCCCCCUCUACAAUCUGUGUCAAAUAUUAAAAAAAAAGUAAUGAAGAAAUUUCAAUAUUUAACUAAAAUAAAGAUGUGCAAUAACAAUUCUGGCUGCUGGAAUUUCGACUACAGGCCAUGAACACAGUUGGGACAUCGGGACAUAGGACUUAGCCACAUUAAAAAAGGUGGAAAUGGAAUGAUAUCUCUUUCGGUCAACGUUCUCAGCGUGUUUAAUAGGCCCAUGUUGAAGCAUUUAAUUCAAAAAUUCUCUCAAAAUAAAAAAUACAAACAUGUAUAACUAACAUAUUCUUGAAUUAAAUUAUAGUUUACAUAUGAGUGUUUUAUCUCUAAAAAGAUUUAAUAAAUACAAAAAAAAUCAAAA